AUGGUAAAAUCUAAAGAAUAUAUUGAAACGGACACAGGAAAUAAAAUUUCACGUCUUCGAACUACAAUUCUUGGUUCACAGAAUAUAAUUUUAGGAGGAAAAACUGUUAUUCAAUCAGAAUGUACAAUUAGAGGGGACUUAAGACGUUUUGAUAGCAAUUCAGAUACAAUUGCUAUUAUAAUUGGAAAAUAUAGUUUUAUUGCUGUUGGAACAGUGAUCCGGCCACCUAGCAAGAUGCAUCAAGGUGUAUUUAAUUAUUAUCCAAUAAAAAUAGGAGAUUUUGUUCAAAUUGGAGAAGGGUCAAUGAUUGAAGCAGCAAGCAUUGGAUCUUAUGUAAAAAUAGGAAAAGAAUGUGUAAUUGGAAAAUUUUGUAUUAUUAAAGAUUGCGUGGAAAUUCGAGAGGGAACGAUUUUACCAGAACAUUCAGUUAUUCCAUCUUUUUCUAUCGUUGAAGGUAGACCAGGAUUAGUUAUUGAAGAAUUACCGGAAUGUACACAAGAAUUAUUUGAAAAAGAAUGUCGAACAAAAUAUCAUGAGAUUUAA